AUGGCACUUUCAUCAAAAGAACUACUAGAGAAACAAGAAUACUUGAAAUCAUCAAAUUACAUCCUUUACAAAUUGAAUUGCUGGUACUACCUUUACUAUUAUUCAACUCCAUUACCGUACUCAACACUAGGUGAAUCGAUCAUUUUCAAUGGUGUAAUCAUGUCAUUGACGUUGUUGUUCAUGUACUAUACUGUGUGGAUCUUGCCUUUGAAACUAAUCCAAUCGGGCGAAAACUUGUAUUAUUAUCUCACUGGCCACACCAUCUCGUUCGAUGUCCUUCAGGCUAUCAAUACUGUUUUGCAUUUGAAUGGAGAAAACUCAACUUUUGUGAUUAAUCAGUGGUCAGACUUGCCCAAGAUAAUCAGAAUCUAG